GCCAGCGAGCGAUCAGACCACAAUCACGAAAUUUUGACGUGAUCGCGCUGAUCAGCUGUUGAGAAGACGCACUGCAUUUGCUCCUUUUUCUUUUUCCUCGUUCCUUAUUGAAAGAGGAUUAAUUUCGUGAUAUAGUGGGAAGAUUUUGCAGUGAUGCCUGCCCGCGGAACCCGAUCGGAGAUGAGCAGUCAGGAGGAAGGCGACGCCGCUGAUAUCAGUGCCAGCGUUUCCGACGUGCCCGACAUCGACAACCUCUUCAAAUUAGAUGGAUAUCUCCGCCAUCAUGAGCGCGAAAUCCGUCGCAGAUACGGUUGCUUUCAGUCGAUUCUGAACGAUAUCCAGGCGUAUGAGGGCGGCAUGGAGAAGUUCAGUCGGGCGUACGAGAACUACGGGAUGAAUGUGCAGAGCGACGGGAGUAUCCUGUGUCGGGAGUGGGCGCCCGGCGCGGAAGCCGUGUAUCUGUACGGGGAAUUCAACAACUGGGACCGCCAGGGAAUGCCGUUCCAGAAGGGACCUUUUGGCAAAUGGGAGCUGCUGCUGCCCCCGCGCCCCGACGGUUCCUUGGCCGUGCCCCAUAACUCCAUUGUCAAGUUGCUGAUUAAAUCGAAGUCCGGUGAAUUUGUGGAGCGUCUCAGUCCGUGGGUGCGCUAUGCCGUCCGCUCGCGGGAGCCCAAGAACGUCACAUACGACGGCGUCUUCUGGUGUCCUCCGAAGAAUGAGCGCUACGUCUUCAAACAUCAGCGUGUGGCGAAAGCGGAGAGUCUGCGCAUCUACGAGUCCCACGUGGGCAUUUCCUCCUGGGAGGGCAAAGUGGCCACCUACGACCAUUUCACCGAUAAUGUCCUGCCGCGCAUCAAACAACAAGGAUAUAACGCGAUUCAGUUAAUGGCGAUUAUGGAACAUGUGUAUUACGCUUCCUUUGGAUAUCAGGUGACGAGUUUCUUCGCCGUGUCCAGUCGCUACGGGACACCGGAGCAGUUCAAGCGCCUCGUCGACACGGCGCACUCCUUAGGCAUCGCCAUUCUGCUGGAUGUGGUGCACAGUCAUGCGUCCAAGAACUCCCUGGACGGACUGAAUCUCUUCGACGGCACCAACUCCUGCUAUUUCCACGACGGCGGCAAAGGCGAGCAUGAGUUGUGGGGAUCCCGGCUGUUUGAUUACUCGAAAUGGGAAGUGUUGCGCUUUUUGCUGUCGGAUCUGCGUUGGUUCAUGGAGGAGUACCAGAUUGACGGGUUCCGCUUCGACGGAGUGACCUCCAUGCUGUACCACAGCCACGGGAUCGGGCACGGUUUCUCCGGUGAUUAUAACGAAUACUUUGGCCUGAACGCCGACACCGACUCCAUCGUCUAUCUGAUGCUGGCCAACCACAUGCUGCACUCACUCUAUCCCCACAUGAUCACCAUCGCCGAGGAUGUCUCUGGCAUGCCGGCAUUGUGCCGUCCGGUGACGGAAGGCGGGCAGGGUUUCGACUACCGCCUGGGCAUGGCCAUCCCCGAUAAAUGGAUCGAAUAUUUAAAGGAGAAGCGCGACGAGGAGUGGGACAUGGGGGAGCUGGUGCACACGCUGAGCAACCGGCGGUGGGGCGAGAAGACGGUGGCGUACGCGGAGUCGCACGAUCAGGCGCUGGUGGGGGAUAAGACGCUGGCGUUUUGGCUGAUGGACAAGGACAUGUACACGCACAUGUCCACCAUGUCCGAGCUCAUCCCCAGCGUGGACCGCGGACUGGCCCUGCACAAGAUGAUCCGCCUGCUCACGCACUCCCUCGGCGGCGAGGCCUGGCUCAACUUCAUGGGUAACGAAUUUGGCCAUCCGGAAUGGUUGGAUUUCCCGCGUGUCGGCAAUCAGGAGAGCUUUCACUAUGCGCGCCGCCAGUGGAAUCUGAUCGAGGACGAUUUACUGCGCUAUAAAUUCCUGAACAAUUUCGAUCGGGCCAUGAACUUGACGGAGGAGAAGUACCACUGGUUAUCCUCUAAUCCGGCGUGGGUGAGCUGGAAGCACGACGGCGAUAAAGUGAUCUGCUACGAGCGUGCCGGCCUGGUCUUCGUCUUCAACUUCCACUCCCACAAAUCCUUCUCCGACUACAAGGUGGGCGUGGAGGUGGCCGGGAAGUACCGCAUCGUGCUAAACACGGACGACGAGCAGUUCGGCGGGCACCGGCGGGUCGCUCCCGACAGCGACUUCUUCACCUUCAACGAGGGCUACGCCCACCGCCGCCACCACAUGUGCGUCUACAUCCCCUGCCGGGUGGCGCUCGUCUUCGCCAAGAUGGACUGAAUUGCGGGCUUUCCGUGUUUGUCGUAAAAAUAUAAUAAUAUUUGUUUUAUUAAAGAGUCGCUUUUAAUUGGCUUUUAUCGCUUUAGGUUGGUUCGCGGAAUAUUUGUUCUAUUAAUUAUGGUUUGAAUUUUAAUGAAAGCGCGCGCGAAUUCUGUGUUGUAAGAAAACGAUUAAAAAU